AUGUUUCCUUAGGGUUGAGCAGCUAUGAAGAACUAUGCUCUUUUUGAUGUUGGUGUGUGUUCAGUGACAUGCUGUAUACCGUACCUACCCGGUACCCACAUACAUACUGUCUUCUAAUUAUAGCGCCACAAAAAAUUAAUUACUGUAUAUCUUCUAAUUUAUCGGACACUUCUAAUUACCCGGACACUCUUUUGGGCAAUUUUCGUUGUUCUAAUACAACGGACACUCCAGUACUUUAAUAUUACAUUUUUUCUAAAUAUCCGGACAAUACCUUGAAAAGUUGAGUUAUCAUUCACAGACGGCAAGUAAGACUUAGAGCGCUGCAGUUAGAUAGCUUUGAGUAGCUAGUUUUAGAUAGCUUGUGCAACUAUUCAGUCGUACCCUGUUCUAUUAAACUUAGCUAGCUCGCAUGCAGCUGCUUGCUUGUUCUAAUUAUUCCGGACACUUCGCAUGCUCUAUAAAAAUCUGUUCCAAUUAUACCCGGACAAUUUCCAAAAUAAUUAUUUUUUCCUGUCCGAUAAAUUAGAAGAUAUACGGUAUGGUUUUCCAGUGGCGCACAAAUAGAAUAAGUAGAAACACCUAUUUUGGCGUUUGUAUUAGAGUGGCGCCUAGCGUUAGAACGUAUAAUAGUGGUAGGCUGUUCCUCAAGGCUGAAGGCCUCAUAAGCAUAAAGCGCCAGAAUAAUAUUCUUGUUACUGAAUUGUUGCUGUUUGCGGUCGUGUGUGCAUAGAUAAAGGAAGAGAGGGAUUGGAAACGAAAGUGGUGCACGUGACCAUUUAACAUUAGUUCUGUACACAGAGCUAGAAACCUCGAAAACGAUCCACUUUUCGUUGUUUUUGUCGGGUAACUGGCUCGAAAUAAGAAAGUUGUGUUUCCUUGAGACAUCAUCUCGCUACAGCAAUUUAAUUAUAACACGCCUACUGUGAGCCACGUGUAGUCAGAGCUAGUAAAAGGAGACAUGGAAGUAGAGUUAUAAGCUUCAAAGUGCUACUUUAGGGUCUUUGAUUGCUAUAACGUGUAAGCGUCCUGAUUACAACUUCUAAAAUAGGUAUAGAUCUUUAAAUAGAAGUGAGCUGAACAGAAUAAGCACAUUGCUAGUGGUACUUCAUUCUCCUCAGUGUGUAGAAAUGCUUGGCACCUCUCAAGCCACGCCUGUUACAGAAAGGCUGCUAAAGACAGCCUCGAUUGAACCGCGGGGAAGAGCGGAUGUUCAUUCGAGGGUACUUCUGUUUCCAAUCCCUCUCUUUCCUUUAUCUGAAUAAAGUGUAAUCCUCAGUUUGCAAGCCAAUUAAUACCAUGGUGGUAUGUGCUAGCUGUUGUAUGCUGUUCGAGUCAUUUCAUGUGAUUUAUUUAUUCCUGUUUAGUACUGGAUGUGUGUUGUUCGCACUGUUUUAUACAGCUUUAACAGACAUGAAAAUACAUGCCUGGCAGGUGUCAAACACCCGCGUUGUAAGGUGUUUUGUUUUCAAAGGCUUCAGCUUGUGUGAAGCCUAAUAGUGGGAUCACCAGAUUUUGUAUGCAUGGUCACAUGGUCAUAAUUAUACAGAGUCUUUGAACUUUUGAUCAAUACAAUUUUGUAUAAUAGGUCCCUAUAUACAGUAUUGUAUUGAUCAGCUAUGUACGGUAGUUUUGUAGGCGGAGGAAGCUCAAUACAAUGUUAACUAUAUUAAAGACAUCGAGGCUACUGUACAAUGGAGUGGUGGAAAGAUGUUAAAGCUAUUGAGUCCAUUCGUGACUUUGCUCUCUUACAGGGUAUAUUGAAAAAAUCAUCUAGUAAACCGGAUGAUAUCUCCCUAACCAAUGUAUCAGUAGCACUGACCCCGUUCAAGUUUCCCACACAACUAUUCCAGCAUGCACGCACAAUUCAAACUCACAUCAAUCUUCUUGUGGAUGCUGUCAGUCAAGACUAUCAGUUCCUAUCAGAUACCCUGAAGAGUGUGGUAGCCAACGAUGACUUUACUAGGAGGCUAAUGGAGAUUCACAAGAAAGUAACCAGCGACAAUAAACAGACGUGUACCUUCAGCAUCCAGCGCUCAGACUACAUGAUUGAUAAGAAACCAGGUGUCGGUCCUACCCUGAAGCAGAUAGAGAUGAACACUAUAGCAGCUAGUUGCUUUGCACUCACUCAAGACAAAAUGGAAAACUUGUUUAGUUUUGUGAGAAGCCGUUUUCAACCAUCAUCAGAAAACUCUAGUAUUCCCCCAAACAAGUGCUUGGAUAUACUAACUGAAGGCAUAGCAAUAGCCUGGAAGGAGUAUGCCAGCGAUAAGUCGUGUGUUUUGUUUGCAAUUGAUGAAGGAGAGACCAACAUAUAUGAUAGUCGUCCAAUUGAGUUUCUCUUGUGGACGAAGUACAAAAUCCCAGUCAUUUACAGAAGUUUACUGGAAUUGAGUAAGCAGGGGCGCCUCGGGCCACAGAGAGAACUCCUUGUGUCUGGUCAAGAAGUUGCUGUUGUGUACUUCCGAACAGGCUAUUCACCAGAGCAGUAUCCAACAGAUAAGGAGUGGGAUGCUCGUCUACUGUGUGAAAUGUCACGAGCAAGUAACUGUCCAUCUGUCGGCUACCAACUAGCUGGAACUAAGAAGGUACAGCAAGCGUUAACUGUCCCAGGAAUUUUGGAGAAGUUUUGUGACGAUUCUGAUGCUGUUGCUAGCAUCAGGACCACAUUUGCUGGAAUAUACUCACUAGAAAAUAAUGCUGAGGGGGACUGGGCGAUUGAGAGAGCACUAAAAAAUCCGGCUGAUUUUGUUGUCAAACCACAAAGAGAAGGUGGAGGCAACAAUUUCUAUGAUGAUGAUGUUCGUAUCUUCUUGGAGGGAAUCAGACACACUUCAGAAAGAGAAGCAUACAUUCUCAUGGACAGAGUGCAUCCACCAGUACAACCUGGACUUGUUCUGUGGCUAGGCAAGAACAUUGUUACCCCUGUAGACCUUACUUGUGAACUGGGCAUUCUCGGAGUCUUUUUGAGGAAGCAAAGUGAAGUAAUGAUGAAUGUGGAAGGAGGUUAUAUCUUGCGAUCAAAGUCAGCGACUACCAAUGAAGUUGGAUUGAAUGCAGGGUUUGGAGCAUUGGACUUGCCAACUCUAGUUUCCUAACUAGCUCAGAAUAGACACAUUGAAGUUUGACACAUUGUUUUCUUCAGAAUACACGAAUGUACGUCUUCAUAAUUACAGCAUUAAUUAUUAUAAUCACAUAAUCACAAUUAUCAUGCAGGUUCUAUUAAUCACGAUUCAAUGAGUUCAAAUUGCACCUUUCCAGUGUCAGUGAGAUUUUGAAUUAUUUUCGUGUUCCCAAAUGCAACAGCUGGAGUGUACACACCACCACUGAAAAGAAAAUAAGAUAAUAUGGUUGCACAAAAUUAAUGUUGUACAAGCUGAGAAA